AAUCUUUAGAUAAAGGGACGCUCUUUGCCACCCUUUUGGCACUGUACCUCUAAAAACAGAGCAGAGGACUAGCCACUUCACAUUUCACAGUGCCCACAGAGAGACCCAGAAAGGGAGAAAAAUCUUGGACAAGAAGAAGAUGAGCAGAAGUUGCAUAUGUUUCUCUCUGUUUCUCAUCCUCUUUACUCUCUUGGCUACUGCCAUACUAGGAGAAGAAGAUGGUUUAGUGGCAAACGGUGAUUUUGAGACCCCUCCAUCGGACGGCUUCCCUAGCGACGCCUUGAUAGACAGUCCCAAAGAGGUUCCGGGCUGGAAAUCAAACGGUACCGUUGAGCUUAUCGAGGCGGGGCAGAAACAGGGUGCGAUGAUCCUCAUCGUGCCGCAAGGUAGACACGCAGUACGAUUGGGGAACGAAGCGGAGAUCAGCCAAGAAUUAACGGUCGAGAAGGGAUCGAUAUACUCGGUCACGUUCAGCGCGGGCCGCACGUGUGCACAGCUGGAGUCGCUUAACGUUUCCGUGCCACCUGCAUCGCAGACGAUAGACCUUCAGACAUUGUAUAAUGUGCAAGGGUGGGACCCUUACGCGUGGGCUUUUGAGGCCGAAGAAGAUAAGGUGCAGUUGGUUUUUAGAAAUACGGGCAUGGAAGAUGAUCCAAGUUGUGGGCCCAUCAUUGAUGACAUCGCCAUCAAGAAACUUUUCACUCCUGAUAAGCCCAAAGAUAAUGCAGUACUAAAUGGUGAUUUUGAAGAAGGGCCAUGGAUGUUCAGAAACCUCUCUUUAGGUGUCUUGCUACCAACAAACCUUGAUGAAGAAACCACAUCGUUACCCGGCUGGAUCGUGGAGUCGAACCGGGCCGUCCGCUACAUCGACUCCUACCAUUACUCUGUUCCACAGGGCAAACGGGCAGUUGAAUUGUUAUCAGGUAAAGAAGGAAUAAUUUCUCAGAUGGUUGAGACCAAACCAGAUGAGCAAUACACAAUGACAUUUGCAGUUGGCCAUGCCGAUGACAAAUGCAAGCAACCACUAGCCGUCAUGGCGUUCGCCGGUGACCAGGCCCAGAAUGUCCAUUACACGCCCAAUUCCAACUCUACCUUUCAAUCGGCUAAUCUGAACUUCACUGCCAGGGCCGAGAGGACUCGGAUUGCAUUCCUUAGCGUUUACUACAAUACUAGGACGGAUGAUAUGAGUUCACUUUGUGGGCCUGUGAUUGAUGAUGUUAGGGUUCUGGUUUCUGGGUCCAAUGUAAAUGGGCUUGGGCUUGGGCUUGUGUUGUGGGUGUUUGUUUUGUUUUUGGUUUAGGGUUCAUGUAUGGUUUGGUACUUUGGUAAUGGGUA